AUGGUUCGGCUUCCGAUCCCAACCGCCAAUAACUGUAAUUCAAACUUUUGCUCCAAGAAGCAGCAAUGUCUCUAUCUCCUCAACCUCUGCGUCACAUUCAAACAACUCUCUCAGGUUCAUGCCCAAAUCCAAGUCUCUGGCUUUCAAAGAGACCACUUUCUCCUAACCCAACUCAUUCGCUUCUGCGCUUUGUCUCCCUCCAAAAACUUCAACUACGCUCGAACCCUUCUCGACCACUCUGAGUCUUCACCACCUUCUUCGUGGAACUUCCUCAUCAGAGGCUAUGCCUCGAGCGACACGCCCAGAGAGGCCAUCUGGGCCUUUCGUGCAAUGCUCGGCCGGGGUAUUAGACCCAACCAACUUACCUUUCCUUUUCUGAUCAAGUCUUGCGCUUCGGCCGUUGCCCUUAAAGAAGGGAGGCAAGUACAUGUAGGCGUUGUGAAGUGCGGUUUGGACUGUGAUGUGUAUGUUCAGAACAACUUGGUUCAUUUUUAUGGGACUUGUAAGAAGAUUAAGGAUGCACAGCGUGUGUUCGAUGGAAUGUUGGUGAGAACUGUUGUUUCGUGGAAUGCGGUUCUGACUGCUUGCGUUGAGAAUUUCUGGUUAGAUGAGGGGAUUGGGUAUUUUGUAAAGAUGAGGGAUUGUGGGUUUGAGCCGGAUGAGACUACAAUGGUGGUCAUGUUGAACGCGUCCUCGGAGCUUGGGAACUUGAGCUUAGGGAAAUGGGUUCACUCCCAAGUAAUUGAAAAGGGUUUGAUUUUGAAUUGUCAAUUGGGUACUGCACUUGUUGACAUGUAUGCAAAAUCUGGGGCUUUGGUUUAUGCCAGGCUAGUUUUUGAUAGAAUGGAAUUGCGGAAUGUGUGGACAUGGAGUGCAAUGAUUCUAGGACUAGCCCAGCAUGGGUUUGCCAAGGAAGCCCUUGAACUUUUCCCAAAGAUGUUGAACUUCUCAGUACGCCCGAAUUAUGUCACUUUUCUUGGCGUUCUCUGUGCUUGUAGCCAUGCUGGACAGGUGGAUGAUGGGUACCAAUACUUUCACGAUAUGGAACAUGUGCAUGGGAUUAAACCCAUGAUGAUACACUAUGGUGCCAUGGUUGAUAUCUUAGGUCGUGCUGGCCGUCUGAACGAGGCUUAUAGCUUCAUCAUGAGCAUGCCCUUUGACCCCGACCCCAUUGUAUGGAGAACAUUGCUUAGUGCAUGCAAUACGUGUGAUGAUAAUGACGAUGAAGGGGUAGGAAAUAAAGUAAGUGAGAAGUUGCUUGAACUGGAGCCAAGCAGGGGAGGGAAUCUUGUGAUGGUCGCAAACAUGUAUGCUGAAGUUGGGAUGUGGGAGAAAGCGGCCAAUUUGAGGAAGGUUAUGAAAGAAAGACGGGUGAAGAAGACGGCAGGGGAGAGUUGCGUUGAGUUAGGCGGGUCCAUCCAUAAAUUCUUUUCUGGCUAUGAUUCUCGAGCUGAUUAUGAGGGUAUCUACCAGUUACUAGAUGUAUUGAGCUUGCACAUGGAGUUGGUUAACAUGUAA